UUGUAAUGCAGGACAAACUAUAAUGUAAAUUAAAAUACAGUGAAAAAAGAUUUUGUUUUAUACUUUUGGGAAGAUCGAGCAAUGCAUUUGGAGAGGUAACAAAUCAACCAUAACACUUAACUGUAUCUGAACUGUUCCUUUAAGAGAUACAGAGUUGACACAUGAAUAACUUCCAACUCACCGGUCAGUGCCUCAACGACUGUUGGUCGCAUUACUGACCCGACCGAUCACAGAUGAGAGGAGUGAGUUAUUAUUAAGACUUUAACAGGUCAGAACUUUCAAACACUGGUGAAUAACUUCUGAUUGGGAUUACUGCUAAAUCUAUUAAAGUGUUGCAUUAUAACAGAGCCCACUAAACGAGUUGAACUGCAUGUGGUGUGGACUGUCGUGAUGACAGUCGGGAGGAGCAGUUCUGUCACCUUGGUUUGUCUCGGGCUCUCUUUAUUCCUCGUGGGUCCGUGUCAGUCGGGCUGUCGGGAAACGGGUCUAUGUUGCACCGGCAGGGACCCGUCAUGCAUCAGCAAAGGAUGGAGGUCCGACGGGUCCUAUGGCCCCUGCUACUGCGACCAAGCAUGUGUCUCCACUCUGGACUGCUGCCACGACUAUGAGACAGUCUGCCCAGCGCUGUCCUGUGUGGUGAGUGAGUGGACGGAGUGGUCAGGCUGUGCUGAGCCCUGCAGGGCCACAGUCCGCAGGCGGAGCAGGACGAUCCUGCAGGAGCCACUCAACGCAGGCAGACCGUGUCCCAAUCUGGAGGAGCAAGCCGGCUGCGCAGAGUUCUGGUCCCAGCAAGGGAACUGUCACAACCCACUUGUCCCAGCACUGAUUAUCACAGGAGGCUAUGGCAACGCCAGGAACAAAAGAGACAUCCCUGACAGCAGCGACAUUAUAAUAGGGUAUUGUGUCCAGUUUCAGUUGACCUCUCUGACUAAAGGAUGCCAGCAGAGUUCGGGCCCACACACCCAGUGGAUGCAGCACCUGAGGGAGGGGCACCAUGUGUGUGUCGAGUGCCAGCCGCCAGCUCUUGCUGCUGGACAGACGCAUUGUGCCGGAGACGGAGAGGAAAAUGAAGAGGGCAGAAGACAGUCUCUCCAGUGGCAGGCGGUGGGAAACCCUCGAUGCAGGGGUGUGUGGAGGCGUGUGGGGAGGCUGGAGGCCUGUUCCUGCCCAACAGCCCACAGCUUCCUCUUUAUCUAACCUCCUCCUCUACAUGUUUACUCACACUUGUGUUUAAAGAACAAUCUGCCAGCAAAUUAAAUAC